CUGCUUAGUCCUCUCAGCUGAUUUGGCUUUGUAAAAAUACCAGAGGAGAAUAUCAGGUUCUCACCCACACCAAAACAAGAACAACUUCAGCAUGCAAACACAAAUAGUGUCAGAAUUCUUGUUGGAAUGAGAAAAUGGCAGACCCUGAAACAUCCAUCAAUGACUCAGAUUUGUAUAAGAAUGUAUUUUGCAAUCCAGCAUUUGAGCCAGACAAUGAGCACGAUGAAAUCAAGGAAGUAUUUAAGGUUGCCAUAUCCUCAGAACGUAUCAACAGUCCUACAACUCGAGAUAGCAGUGUGUUCGGUCUGUGUGUGGUAUGUGUGAGGAGGCACUGGUGUAGCUGGCGAACACUGGUGUUUUCAGCAGCUGCGCUGUUAUUGUUGGCUGUCUUGGGACUCACUCUAAGGCUUGUUCUCAUACAUAUGAAUGGAGACCUUGCUGAAGGAAGAGUGCUGUCUCUAAACUCCUGGAGUGAAAACACUGUUCAGCAAAGUCUUAUCCCAAAUUCCACUAUUCCUUUUCCUGAAUAUAGCUCACCUAUGCCACAUCUUGAAAAAGAGUCGAUCCCAUAUACAAAAUGUGGAGAGAUUCUGACUGAAUUAGAGGGAACAAUCAGCUCCCCCAACCACCCAGGCCCAUACCCUCCUAACUCCAUGUGUGUAUGGGUGAUCAGAAUGUCUCCCGAAUAUCUGGUCCAGAUCUACAUCUCCUCCCUGACCAUUGAGGGGCCAGCACCAUGUCUUUUUGAUUGGCUGGAGCUUAGAGAAGAAGGAGAGCACACCACCACAGUCACCAGGUUCUGUGGUAAUGUGGCUCCACCCACUGUGAACACUAACAGCAGUACUGUCUGGGUUUCAUUCCGAUCUGAUAGCAAUAUUGCAGGUGAUGGCUUCAGCGUACGAUAUCAGGCAAUCCUACCAUGGCAAAAAAGCUGCACUUCAGAGGAGUUUAUGUGUGAUAGUGGCCGUUGCCUGUUGCCUGUGUCUGUAUGUGACAGCCAGCUAAACUGUCAGGACCAGACAGAUGAGGCCAACUGCAGCCGCAUACACAAGGACUGUGGUGGUGAAAAGACAGGUCCAAGUGGUUCACUGUCCAGUCCAAAUCACCCAAACCCAUAUCCUCACCAGCAGCACUGUACGUGGCUUAUAUCUGCAGAGAAAGGCCAAGUUAUCCAACUGAGUUUCCACAACUUCAGCCUGGAAACUCAAGAUAACUGUGAAUUUGACUAUGUUGAGGUUCAUGACAGCAGCAACACGGCAGACAGUAAUAUCCUAAGCAGAUACUGUGGCUCAGACCUCCCUCCUGACCUUACCUCCACUGGGCACAUGAUGAGUGUGUUGUUUGUAGCUGAUGAAGGUGUGGCUGACAUCGGCUUUUAUGCCUCAUAUCGGGUCAUCUCUCUCACAGAGACUGGCUGCAGUCCAGAGCGGUUUGCUUGUGGCACGGGGGAAUGUCUGCAUCGUGACUGGCUCUGUGAUGGCUGGAAUGACUGUGCAGAUGGUUCAGAUGAGCAAAACUGCAGCAACUCCACCUAUCCCCCUUUCAUUUCCUCAUGUGAACCCAUUCAGGUGGAGAUGUGCCAAGGUCUGAGCUAUAAUCUCACAUCCUUCCCCAAUGUAUGGCUCUCCAUUAGUGAUCAGACAGAGGCUGCUUAUGUGCUUCGUCAGUACACUGUGCUGAUGGAGUUGGACUGUUUUAAGCCCCUGCAGCAGCUGGUGUGUGCGCUAUUUGUGCCGCAGUGCAGUGUGCAGGCUGGUGUGCUGCAGCCGUGCAGCUCCGUGUGUUCAGCAGCAGAGCAGCAGUGUGCAAUGGAUCUGGCGCUCUUUAACCUUAACUGGUCCUUUAACUGUCACUUGCUGCCUGACUCGCAGAACCCCAAGCAAUGCUCUGUGCCAUAGAACACAUUCUGAUUCAUUUCAAACCAUGACACAUUAUUGAAUUUUUGCUUCAGAUUUGAGUUUUUUGUGAGUGCUACAAGAAUAUACUUUUAUAACAUACCCAUAUACUACUAUGGCAUGAAUUGUAUUUAAAUCAUACCCUUUUAGUUUGCAGAAUUAAAGUGUGGUUGGGAUCUGCAUCUUUUCUCCUGAUCUGUACCAUAUGAUCCAUAAGUAUGUUUCAGAAAAGCAUAAAAAAAUGAUGAACUGCUUUGGUGGCUGGCAAUAAUUUCUGUGGGCUCAUGGUGUUUUCUUUGGGAGGAAACAACUGUGUCCCUCUCAAUAGUUAGCUGAAUGAAUACAUGAAUGCUCUUCUAAAAGAUGCUAUUACAGAAAAUGUGAACUUUUCUUCUGGUUUAGUAGGUUCUACAGUCAGUAGAAUAAUCUAACCAAUCCAACACAGCCCUGUAUAUUAUGAAUUGUAUAGAAGUAAGUUGGACAGUUAAUUAUUGUCAGUUUUCCUGCUACAAUAAAGGAGUUCACUUUUACCCACACUUAUUAAAUUUGGAGGAGUUCCUAUAGUCAACAGAUAAUACACAUUAUAUGAGAAUAAUUGGAAAUAUAAAAGCAGACAUAUAGAAUCUGUAAAAAGUGUGUUGGCUGUAGAUCAAUUGUUUUCCACACAGCUAUUUUUUUUUAAAGCAAUAAAUUCAACCACUUGCAAAUGCUUACA